UUUAGUUAUCAUGCAUAUGUCGUUUAUUAAUUGAAACAUUGAUGAUGUUUUAGAUGCAAUGGGAUUGGUCCUAUACGUUUCACCGGUUGAGAAUAUUGGUGUGGAUUCAUUUAAGCGAGACGUGGCAAUAAUGGAUACAACCUGGACUGUUAUUAAAUUAACACUUUGGAAUGAUUUUGUGCACGUUCUUGAUGAAAAUCUUAAUCAUGUUGACGUGGCACCAAUCAUUGUAGCAUGUGGUCUGCAUGUCAAGAGCUUCUAUGGUACAUAUCUUUCCACGGGAUACCACACUAGGGUUUAUGUUAACCCGGUUAAUGAAAAAACAACAUCCUUAUCUACAUGGUAUAAAUCGAAAAAAUUGGCAAAGAUAAGGAGAGAUUGGUUUCGUUCGUCGACUUUUUCGUUAAAGUCGUCGAUUGAUAUUUCUAACACUCCCCGUAUCCGAUUAUCUCAAUUUCCCAGCGUGAGAAAGGUUCAAUACUGUCGAGUUGUUGCAUAUGCAUGUCGCGUUGAUAGUGUUGAUAACAUCAUAUAUGAGGCAUGCAAUCGUUGCCUAAAAAAGGUUGUCAUUUUUCAAGGACUACAAAAAUGUCAAUCUUGCAAUCUCACCAACACUGUAACUAUCCCAAGGUUGCUUCUUCGACUUACCAUAUUUGAUAAAAGUGGUAAUUUGAAAGUCACAAUAUUACACGAUCUUGCACAACACCUUUUAGGUUGUUUAGCUACUGAAAUAAAAUCAGUACUUCAACAGCCUAAUGGACGUAAUCGAGUGAUGGAAAAAGUAUUUGCAUGUUUCGGAAACAGAGCUUUUUCAUGGGUGCUACAUCCACCAAUUGGAGAUUUUAAUCCUGAACAUUCGUAUACGGUUGGAUAUGUGUUGCAUGUCGAUUGGGCGGAGGAGUGCAUGUGGUUAAACAAAUAUAUUGCGAGCAAAAAAAGAAAAUGAUAUUUACUAUUUUGUAUGUACUUCAAUUUUGAUUUUUCAAUAGGAUAUGUUAGUUGUAUCAAAAUAAUGUUAAUUUUUUUUAAUAGCUUUAAAUUCGUCAUGUAAGGCUACGAGUAUUGUAUGACCUCAAUGUCGCAAAAUAUGGACUUUGCGAAUGAUUAUUAGUGUCUAAAAUUUGUAAAAUUUCGCAAG